AUGGCUGGUUCAAUUGAAGACAACGCUGCAUUAUACAAGAAGAAGACCUUUACGUAUGUACCACUAUCACCACCGGCUGAACUCAUCGAAACCACAAGCUACACGAUCAACUUUACAGCACGCAAAUUCAUACUUGUCGGUGUCGAUCCUACUGAUAAUUUUCAAGUCACCGUUCAUUUAUUAACACCAUCGCGUCAUGUUAAAAUAUCGCCGGAUUUCCUGAGACGCAUAUUCUCUAUGAUGGGGCAUAUCUUAUCAUUUAUAUUAGAUACGGUCCAGUACAAGCGCAUCAUAUUUCUUGAGACGGAAUUUCAUAAAAUAUCCAGUAUGGUGUAUGGCGGAGAAAAUGUGCUAGUAAUAGAGUCAAAAACUCAGGACGGGUGCAGAGUACUGUUAAAUCGGGAGGACUUUAUUAAGCUUCAAUAUCUUGAAUGUAGUAUUUUCGAAAGUAUUGUACGGAAAGAAAUAAACACUGCUCCAUUAAUUACUAGGCAGUUUGACGAUUUUGCGAUGUAUCUACAUGAGAAAUCUGCUCACCUUAAAUCACCACCGAAAAAUUUAGAAGAGAUGUUAAUAUUCAUUAAAAACGUACAAGACGAUCGAACGGAGAAAAUUUACCCAAACAUGAUCGGUCAAAUACAAAUGUAUGCAACCGUACAACUAGCUGAAACUGUGUUACAACAGUUGACGCAUGAGUUACAGAAUGGUCAAAUGGAUACACCAACGUCUCCAAGCUAUUCGCCGGUCAGCAAUAUAUUCAGCAUGCACGACGAUUCAUCUGCACGUGAUGGAUUUAAUCAGCCUAAGGAUGAUAUUUUAGCUAAGGCACUAGAUUAUAUUGAUGGACCUGCACGGACACCAGCCGAGAUUCGCAACCCGCAGGCAUGCGAGGUAAACGAUGGGCCUGAUUUUUUCUACCAAUUCAGGACGAUAUCACCACCGCAACCUUACCCAACUUUCACCGAACAUCCAGUGCCAUCACACAAACGAUCUCAGUCAACCUUCGCCAAGCAUCCGACGCCAGUACGUGAUGUUAAGCGACGUCUAUUUUAA